AUGUCUCUGGUCUCGGGUCCUGGUAGGGCUGUUGGCAGUCUUCCAGAUCACACGUUGUGUGUACACAAACAUGUGGAGUACAUCAAGAAUCUGGACAGCAGGCGGGAUGAGCUGGAAUAUUGGCUCACAGAGCAUCUUCGUCUGAAUGGCGUAUACUGGGGCUUGACAGCCCUGCAUCUUCUUGGCUUCCCGGAAGCUCUCCCUCGGGAAGAGACUAUCGACUUUGUUCUCUCCUGUCAGCGCGAAAAUGGCGGGUUCGGAGCUGCACCCGGCCAUGAUGCACAUAUGCUUUACACUGUCUCAGCUGUGCAGAUACUCGUAACCCUGGAUGCGGUCGACGAGCUGGAAAAACGUGGUUUGGGCGGCAAGCAGAAAGUUGGAUCUUUCAUCGCAGGGCUACAGGACAGGACGACAGGCUCAUUCAUGGGCGACGAAUGGGGUGAAUUGGAUACCCGUUUCGUCUAUGGUGCCUUCAAUGCCUUGUCACUAUUAGGACUUCUGGAUUUGGUCGAUGUCACUAAAGCUGUCGCCUACAUUCAGAAGUGUGAAAACCUGGAUGGAGGAUACGGGAUCUGUCCCGGAGCCGAAUCCCAUGCUGGACAGGUCUUCACCUGCGUGGGAGCGUUGGCCAUUGCUGGACGUUUGGACCUUGUGAACAAGGAUCGUCUUGGUGGCUGGCUCAGUGAAAGGCAACUGGACAAUGGUGGGCUGAAUGGACGUCCUGAGAAGUUGCAAGAUGCUUGUUAUAGCUGGUGUGCUCGCCUCGUUGUCUACCAGGGUAUCGUCAGAACUGACUCGUUGCAGGAUCCGGAAGCUGGCGGUUUCGGAGACCGUCCGGGUAACAUGGUUGAUGUUUUUCAUACGCAUUUUGCAAUUGCUGGCUUGAGUCUCCUGAAAUUCGAAGGCGUUCAGGAAGUAGAUCCUGUUUAUUGUAUGCCCAGAACAGUCACAAUGAAAUACUUGAAAAAGUAG